AUGCUCUGCACGUCUCCUGGGCGUGCGCGAUUUGGUGGGCGCCGAGAAUCGCCCGUCGCCAUAAAUCUCUCAUCUUCUCUCACAAGAAAGCUCCGCCGCGCCAUCACCCUCCCUCACCGCCGCCUGCAACUGCACCUCCGCGAGCCGCCGUCGCCGCUGCACUCCUCCGCGAGCCCUCCUCCUCCGGCGAUACACCCAGCAGCAGCGCGCCUGAGAUUCCCCGAGUCCAGCAGUGACGUCUUCUUCCUGUUCGUGCGCACCACCAGCCCCAUCGUGCGAUUAACUCCAGCCCUUCGAUCGCCCGUCAUCCCCUCAAUUCAUCGCCGAGACCAUCUGUGCGGGAUUCCUCUGUCCGGGCAAGGAUUCUUCCAGCGAGCAGCCCUCCGUUCACGUGUCGCAGGGAAGGCUCGAGCACCUCUUUUCCCGAUCAGUAGUGGCGUCAUUUGCACAAAAGACUCCCGACCAGCCUGA